GCGGUGCCGCCGCUGCGAGGCGGGGCGGGGAGCAUGGGGCCGGGGGAGCUGGCGCAGAAAAUCAGCGUUAGCCCCGAGAGCCCCCGGGGGAGCGAGAGGAACGACGGCGGCGCGGCGCCGGCCGGCGCUGAGAGGGCCCCCCCCGGCACCUGGAGGCAGAAGUGCGCGGCCUACGUGCUGGCCCUCAGGCCUUGGAGCUUCAGCGCCUCCCUCACUCCCGUGGCCCUCGGCAGCGCUCUGGCCUACCGGGCCGAGGGAGCGCUAGACCCGAGGCUGUUGGUGGGAAGCGCCGUCACCGUCCUGGCUGUGCACGGAGCCGGAAACUUGGUGAACACCUACUACGACUUCUCUAAAGGCAUCGAUCACAAGAAGAGCGAUGACAGGACUUUGGUGGACCAGAUUUUGGAGCCGCAGGACGUAGUCCGGUUUGGAGUCUUCCUUUAUACGGUGGGCUGUAUCUGUGCCGCUGGGCUCUACGCCGUCUCAACGCUCAAGCUGGAGCACCUGGCCCUGAUUUACUUCGGGGGACUUUCCAGCUCCUUCCUUUAUACUGGAGGAAUUGGAUUUAAAUAUGUUGCACUUGGAGACGUGGUGAUCCUGAUCACCUUUGGGCCCCUGGCUGUCAUGUUUGCCCAUGCUGUGCAGGUUGGUUAUCUGUCUGUCUCACCACUGCUCUACGCUGUCCCACUAGCUCUCAGUACUGAGGCCAUCCUGCACAGCAACAACACACGAGACAUGGAGUCUGACCGGCAGGCGGGUAUUGUCACCCUGGCUAUCCUCAUCGGCCCUGCAUUCUCCUACGUCCUCUACACCGUGCUGCUCUUCUUGCCCUACCUGAUUUUCUGUGUGCUGGCCACACGCUAUACCAUCAGCAUGGCGUUGCCGCUACUCACCAUCCCGAUGGCAUUUUCACUGGAGAGGCAGUUUCGGAGUCAGAGCUUCAACAAAAUUCCCCAGCGGACAGCCAAACUCAAUCUCCUCUUGGGGCUUUUCUAUGUUUUUGGUAUUACACUAGCACCAGCCGGUGCUCUGCCCAAACUAUAACAAGAGCUGUAGAGUCAGGCCUCACAAUUCAGUAUUAAUGCUGACUAACAGUGGAUGAUGUGGGUAGGUGACCCGUUACGGACAGUGGCAAGAAUGGAGAUAACGUCUUGAGCUGUUGAUCGUACGUGAAUUUUGCGAUUUCUGGUCUUGGUUAGCUUGUACGACAGACUUUAAAAAAGUGAUUCAUCGGUUCUUUGGAAGGGGUGAACUGUGCAGCUUUACUUCAGGGGAGCAAGGUGACGAGAGGACACGGAAGCGUUUAAAGAACCUCCUCCUCCUGCCACUGAAUUCUUUCACUGUCAACUCAAUGAAAGUAAGAUUAAGCCUCAAAUACAAACUUUGUUCCCUUCACAAGCACAGUGAUUGCUCUUACGACACCUUUUCUUACCACGGCCAAGGAGUCUGGUGGCUCCUGUGUGGUAAAGAGAAGACACUGCCAAAUGUGCAGCAUCACAGUGAUGAAGGUGCUAUUACUUCACUCCCUUGUCAGCAUAGUUCAUCUGUUGUAUGUUUUAAUUUUUGUUGGGUUUUUUUCCCUUAGCCAAAUUUUGAGCUUUUAUUUCCAAGACCCCUGAAAUGCACUAGAUGCUAAUUCAUUAACUGUUCCUUCUGCUGAGUCCUUAUAGUCAGAAAUUUAGAAGUUCUGUAUCUCUGUGGGAUGUUGGUGCUAAAAUGGAGCGCGAAUAGCCCACUGCACAAACUUUAAGCCAACCAGUGCAUUUAUAUUCCACUACAAAAGCUGAAGCUGUAAAUGCAAAUCAUGCAACUGAAAAGCCCUCAAUGGAUAGAAAACAAGUGGCUUCCAUUUUUGCAUUUGCUUAGAAUUUAUUCUGUGAAAUGACAGCCUUGGAGUUAAGGGGGAGCCGACAGAGUGCCCGAUUUCUCUGGCUGGAUAUGGAUUAAUGGAUACACGAGUGGAAGAACAAAUCCUUAGCUUAAAAAAAAAUAUUUUUUGAAUUGUUGUUCUCUGUUUAUUUAGAGGUCUGGCACAUUAUAGUCAAGUGUCUUAUAAUAGGAAGCCCAAAAGGAAGCCCAGUUGAGCAGAGGAGAAAGAUACAGGGUUAGAAAAAAGAAAUCAGGAUUAUUUCAUUGGCUCUGCAUAAAAAUUGGGACUUGAAACAGGAAGAAAACCAUUUUUGCUAACAAGAUGUUUCGUAAUAGAGUCCAGAGUUUGUGUGACUGAGUCACAUUUAAAUGUUAAGUUGGCUCUAAACUGAAGUUCCUCACCUCUUUUUUUUUUUCCCAUCUACACCUUACAGUGUUGUUUUGUUUUCUCCUGCAGAUCUUGCCACUUGAUAUUCAUGUGGCCAUUGGGAGAACUGAUUGUUUCAGCAAUUACGUAUGAAAAGUAUGCCAAAAGAGAAAAAGUGUGACCUCCAGUGCAAAGAUGAAUUUGAUCCAUACCAUGUUACUCAGUGGUAACUGAAUUCUCUUCUGUGUUGAAGAAAACAUAUUCAUUUCCUGUAUCAGGGUUUGGUGAAAAGUUUGUUUAAAGGGGUUGUGGAAAGCUUCUGAGGAAUUGAUACAGGUGUUGAACUAGAGCUGCUGGUGCCUGGAGCACACCUUGCUUUUGAAGCAAGUGGGAGUGUGCUAAUCGCUAUAUGAAGGGCUUUUAAACAUGAGCAAUAAACUAGCAAUAAACGAGCAUGGUGUUAUCCUGCAUCCCUCAUAAGUAAGUUACACCCUUGUGGCAUUCAUCUGAAAGUCUGGGUGUUAGAUUAGUGGAGUGUGCUGAUGGUAGUAAAGCUGAAUUGACGGUACAAGGUUACAUGGUGUAGAUAGUUAAGUGACUUUUUAUGGCUUCAUGUUAUCCAGUGUUACCUGACUGUUGGUCUCCUACUGUACAGCUGAGCUGUGGUCAAUGGGAAGGAUUCUUUGCAGGCAUAUUAGGCAUAUUUUAUUAGCCACAGUUUCGUCUUUUAUUAAAAUGGGGCAAAUGAUCUCUCUAAUCUGACUAGGCACGAGACAAGAGGAGAUGGACUUCAGCAACCCUGUGCUGUUUUCUACAGCAAAAUACUUGUUUGGAUUAGAAACACAAGAAAAUGCAGAAGUUCAGCUCAGCUGGAUAGAAGAUGAUAUCUAGAAGGUUUUGGAAGCUGUUUUCAGUACAGACAUACACAACACAGUAUCUACUGUUACUUUAUGGACCUACAGAAUAAAGAAGAGCCUGACUCUGAGACCCACUUCACUUUUCUGCAAAGCAAAAGCUUUUGUAGGGAUAUGGACUGAGCUGGUGAAUCUGUUAACCUUGCAACUGGGGAUCUGGGGAUUUAUUAGGUUAAUCCCAGCAUAGCUUUGUUGCUACGCUUUGUAGCAGCGGCAUGCUUUAUUUUAUGACAGCUUGUUCUUGUAUAGCUGUCAGUUUAAAAGAACGGAUAGUUAUCUUUUUCUAUUACUUUUACAUAAACUGGAGUACUCAAGCUAAAUUCCUUAAAAUAACUAAUACUUUGCUCAUGUAUUUGCAAUGGUGGAAAGAUCUAGGAUAUGAUCAUUGGUGGAGUAGUGGAUGUAACUAGUUAUAUCUAGGCUACCCUUUCCUAGCAGGGGAAAGCCCCCUUUGCAGGAUGUCUGCUUACCGCUGGAAAGGACCAGUGUUUUUUGUUACAGAGAUGAGGGAAGAGCUCACUAGUACAUGUAUAUGUGGAACACUUUUCAAGGUGGGGAGGAUUCAAAGCAUUUUAACAGUAAGAAUGAGAUGAAAAUUGGCCAAUUCCUUGCUAGCAGAUACUGGUUGCCUCCAAUUCCCUGUCUGUGAGAAACUAUAUCAUUCCAAGUUCUCAAGGAUAUUAAUAGUAAAUAACACAUUCUUCACCAUGGCUUUGAGGGAGUCAUUUCACUUCUCUGUGUCUCAGAAAACAGUGAAUUUUUGCCUACCUCACAGGGAUGCUGUGCCGACAUCAUUGUCAUAGAGAGCUUUGAAAAUAAAAAAGUGCUUUGUCUGUGAGCUUUCCAAAAGCAUGUUAGUACUAGAAAACAUUUUAGGAAUGAACUAACCUAACAGGUGACUUAACCAAUGUAAGUAGACCAAAAUAAUCUCCACACAGACAUUGAGUGGUACGAGAGGUUCCUUUAUUGGUUUGUUUUGUGAUGAGGAUGCUGGGUCUCUUUCCCUACCCCUCUUCUCCCCGUCCAAUGCUACUUUCCCUCAAAACAAACUUUUUAAACUUCUUUCAGGUCUCUCUUGAUGAGCUGUGUUGCAAUGUGAUGAGUCUACACUGGUAGAUGAACAGAUCUAUAGCCCAUCUGUUAAUGUGUCCUAAAGCACCUCCUGGCCUUUCUUAUUAUCCAGUGUUAUCCAAUGUCUGAAUGUUAUUCUGUUAAUUAUGCUGUGUUUGGUUAUUUUCUAUCACUCCGGUUGUAUUUUUGCCAAUAUAUUGGAGCAUUCUCCUGGAAGGAGGAGGGUCUUUGUCUGCUGUGUUUAUAGAAUAAGUGCAUGAAAGAUCAUACUUUUUUUUUUGUGUAAGAGUCCUUUUAUGAGCCACAUGGUUCUGUCCUUCCAUAUCAUCGGGUGAAAAGUUCAGUAGCAGUGAUCAUCUCAUCCUAAUGCCAGACUUCAGAGUAGUUACGGUGUCUUCAUCAAUGAACAGAAUUUUCUUUGAUGCCAUUUUUGUGCCAUGUACUGUUCAGCAUUUGUAAGGAGGUUUCAGCUGAACUUUAAAUCUUUUUAAUAAAGAUUAACUUUUUCAUCCUCA